AUGGACUCAUCCGGCCCACAGGAUGUUCCACGAUUUGCCAGUUUCCGUCCCCUUACCGCUCCUCCUUCCGCCGCAAAUCCCUCGGACCAUGACGAUGCACGUCGCAGUGGCCGAAGCUCCAGUAGAGCGUCACGCCGCUCGCAUCGCAGCCGACAGGAAAGCAAACGCCGAUCCCGUGAAGCGUCUCAGGCCGGGCAUGCAGCUGAGCAAGCUGGAAGUCGCAACGCGGUCGCGCCAGAGCCCACUGUAGCUACAGAGGUAAACGCAGAUUUCCUCCUCGACGCUCAAGGCGAUCGGGACAUUGCACGCUACGGUCCCUCCCAAUACGAGUUGCCCUCAUACAAUCGCGCCGGUCAAGGCUUUGUUGUGGGUGCCCCAGGCAAGCGUAUUACCCGCGAAUCGCGACAUGAAAACGCUCUUGUGUUUGACGAUGCCGCGGGUCUCGCCGCAACUAAACUCCUCUCCGCUACCAAUCUCGCGGCCUUGGACUCGGCCUCACCUGACAUCAUCCAAAAAGCUGCUUCGACCAGAUCGCUUAGCCAACUUCCCGACACCGACCAUCUGCGAGACUUUAUCCCGACGGAAGGGAUGUUGCCAUGGGCCGAAGAAUCAACUGCCACGUUGAUGGAUGAUAUCCGAUCUCCGGAGAAAUCAGACUUCCCCAAAGCAGAGGGCACAGUCAAGGAAUCUAGCGAGGCGAGCUCUGACUCCACCCCCACUGAAACUGCGAUUCUGUUUCGCAACAACGAGCUGUCCGAGCAGGUACACCUCGACCCUGGAAAUAUCACAGCAUGGCUGCAACUUGCUGAGCACCAAGAGCUUUUGCUCGUUGGCGCGAGAUCUGGAGGGACCCCUCUUUCCAAAUCCGAGGCACAAGCCCUAGCCGAAGCCAGGCUUUCGAUAUAUGAAAAAGGUAUCGACAGCAAUCCUGCUAGCCCUCAGCUUGACCGUCUUCUGCUUGGUCGCAUGGAACAAGCUGCACGAUUGUGGGACAAGUGGAAGGUCAUCAGCGAAUGGGAAGACACUCUCACUCUGUACCCAAACUUCAUCAGUGUGUGGAUGGGGUAUCUUGACCACUUCCAGAGGGGUCCAGAUAACUCCACUUUCGAGAAGUGUUUCGGCCGUUUCAAAUAUUGCCUGGAAUUGAUCUCCUGCUAUGGUUCUGGCUUGUACAAAAACCAAAUCAGAUCAUACCUGUUCCUUCGUCUGACGCUGUUCCUUCGAGAAUCAGGAUACACGGAGCAGGCCGUCGGCCUAUGGCAAGCAGUGCUCGAUUUCACGUGCUUCCGACCCUCUCAAAUCGGCACUGGGUACGAUGCUGUUCUGGCCUUCGGGGAAUAUUGGACAUCGCAAACCGCACGUAUCGGAGAGCCUGGUUGGAUCGGUUGGAACCAAGGCGGCAAGUCUUCUUUGCAUGACGAUGAAGACAUUAGUUCUCCUCAGACCCACGCAGACGUCUCGGAAACUUUCAAAACCUGGGCUCUUUCUGAGAGAGGCCAAAUGGCUAAAACUCGAUUGCCGUCUGGUGCUUUCGAUGCCACCCAAAAAGACGCGGCUGAUCAGGUAGUGCUCGAUGACGAUUGCAAGGAGAUACUCCCAUACUUCCUGGAUUACACACUCUCUUUCGAGCCUUUGGUUAAUGCUUUUAUGCAUUUCUGUCACCUUCCUUCGUUGGCGAUGCCACAAAACAUACGAGACGCCCGACUGUGGAGUGGCGACAGUUUUCUUCGCAAUGAGUACAUGGAUGACCCCAAGAGCACGAUUGCGGAUUGGAUCAAGUUCCAACAUAGUGGCGAAUCCACCACUACAGUGAAACUUUUUGCCUUUCCACAUCACAAUUUCCUUCAGAGCACCCACACGCUCUUCGCUGACCCGAACACGUGGUUUUCCUCUCUGCCGAAGUGGGUGGAGACCAACUCUCACGCGUCUUCUGUCCUGGAACCCCAAUUCGUCCAGCGAGUGCUCUUUGUUCUUACCGAUAAGUAUGAGGACACUUGGCUGGGUGAAUAUGCCCUCGCUCUCGCUUUUGCGUGCAGCAACAGGCAGGGCAAAAAGUAUGCCAAGCAUGUUUUAAGCAAACGAUCAUCUGACAUGCGGUUCUACAAUGCUGCCGCACUCAUGAAUUGGCGCACUGGGGAUCGUCCAUUUGCCGUCAAGGUGUGGACAAUUGCUUUGGCCUUGUUCCAGGAGCCUGAGGACAAAUAUCUCCGUGGAUCUGCGACGCUCUGGAAUUCCUGGAUCUGGGAAUUGCUCUCCGAGGGUCGGAACGGGCAGGCAUCAUAUUUGUUGCAGGCAAUCCCCUCCAAGACUAUAGACUUGACGUCUUACAGCGCAGCUGAUGGCACCGAGCUGGACCCCAUCACAUUCUUGAGAGUCCAAAAGUACCUGGUGGCUGCACAGCAGCACGCCAUUGCGCACAACGACCCCCAGGCCUAUUCAUCUCAUACUGAUUGUCUCGCCAUUGCUCUUUAUUUGACCAACCACUCACUUCAGUUGGUCCUUAAAGUCUAUGAUGACGCGGUCAGGUCUCUUAAUGGGCUUGAAGAAAAUGUGACAACGUUCGCCACCGAGCUGCUGUUUCAAGCGCGGGCCCGUUUAGUCUACCUGUGGGUGGAUACAAAGAAAGGGCAAUUCAAGCCUUCUGAGAUCCGUCAAGUCUUUCUCGAAAGCUUGCGCUACUUCCCGCACAACACAAUUUUCCUCUCGCUACUGAAAUGGAAUGACGCGCGAGUGAACCCCAUGGAUCGUACUCGUGACAUUCUCUCAGUGACCACCGGUACAGGCACGCAGACGCCCGAUCACCUGGGUUUGAAGCACCGGAUCCCCAUCACCACCCAUCUCUUCAACAUAUACGUUGAGAUGGGGCGCCCUGUGGUUCUUGGAACGACCGCCCACUCAGUUCGAGCAGCGUUCGAGCGAGCGAUUGAUGAUUCGAGUAUCACCAUCGGAAACACCCGGGCUCACAAGGACAUUCACGAGGUGGGCAGCUCGGGUUCAGGUCAGAGCAACCUUACGCUGUGGCGGCUGUACCUCACGUUUGAACUUUAUGGCCAACGGAACGUGGCUCGGGCCCGUGAGGUCUUUUUCCGAGCAGUGGGCUUUUGCCCGUGGUCGAAGGAGCUGUACAUGUUUGCGUUUGAGCAUCUGCGCGCUGACCUGACAGCCAUGCUCCCGCCAUGCUGGGACAACACCGAGGGGGAGGCAAAUUCGGCAGGGUUCAGCUCUGCGGAUUUGCGCGCUUUGUACGCUAAAAUGCAGCAAAGCGGGUUCCGAAUCCACCGUGAGGUGGAUUCGUAUCAGUAA